GACGGUGUUGCGGACCUUCCAUUGCAAGUCGUACGCAAGCGUCGCGUCGGACGGUAUGCACGUAGGCUAACUCGAGUUGCCGUUAGAGACGGGGACGAUUGUGCGAUCGUAUUUGAAACCGUGGUGAAAAAAUGUGUCGAUGUUGCUGGAGGAACUGGCAACCCCAACAAGUGAAGCAUUGUACGCGUCCGAGGAGCAGUCAGGUGGUACAGCCUCGAGGAAGCGGGGAUCGUUCGAUCUGAACCUUUGGAGGCAACGUGUUGGUCGCCUAAUACGCAUAGGCGCGUGACAACAUACGUGGACGAAGCUACAUGGCGAGUUAUUCGCGAGGACCCUCGUCUCGACAAUCCGAUGACACAAUGGACGAUGACAUCGACGAUAAGGAUGACACAAAGCGAAAAUCCCGGAAUUUGAGCGAGAAGAAGCGCCGGGAUCAGUUCAAUAUGCUCGUAAACGAACUUGGUAGCAUGGUUGGUUCAAACGCACGGAAAAUGGACAAAUCUACCGUAUUAAAAUCAACGAUAUUAUUCCUGAAAAACCAUAACGAAAUAGCUGUACGAUCAAGGGUGCACGAAAUACAGGAAGAUUGGAAACCGUCUUUUCUAUCGAACGAAGAAUUCACGCAUCUCAUAUUAGAGGCUCUGGACGGUUUUAUAAUGGUAUUUUCUUCAAGCGGGCGCAUUUAUUAUGUGUCUGAAAGUGUUACAUCUCUACUUGGGUAUCUUCCAAACGAGCUGGAAAACACGACCAUCUAUGAUAUUACUUAUCAGGACGACCAAUCUCCUCUUUACAACGUUCUACUGAAUCCUGCCAACACAAAAGACCGACGAAACAUUAAAAAGGAGGAUCAAAUAUCUUUCUCGUGUCACAUUAAAAGGGGUGGAUUAAACAUCCAGGAAAACCCAAUAUACGAACUCGUACAAUUUGUUGGAUAUUUUCGUUCUGACGUUGAUGCAGAGGUGGAUAACUUGAUUCCAAACACAAAGUUCGGUAAUACCGGUGGAAUGGACAUGAAAUUAGUUUUCGUGGGUACAGGACGUCUUCAUACGCCUCAGUUGAUCAGAGAACUAUCGGUAAUGGACAACACAAAGUCAGAGUUCACUUCCCGUCACAGCCUCGAGUGGAAAUUUCUAUUUCUGGAUCAUCGAGCACCACCGAUCAUCGGAUAUCUACCGUUCGAGGUGUUGGGCACGUCUGGCUACGAUUACUAUCACGUGGACGAUUUGGACAAAGUUGUCACGUGCCACGAGUCGCUCUCGUUUGCAGUGAUGCAGAAAGGCGAAGGAACCUCCUGCUAUUACAGAUUCCUUACGAAAGGUCAGCAGUGGAUAUGGUUGCAGACUAGAUUCUACAUUACGUACAACCAAUGGAAUUCGAAGCCUGAAUUCAUCGUGUGCACGCAUUACGUGGUUAGUUACAUCGAUGUAAUUAAAGAAUUGCGUAAGGAAUCGGUGAGCUUCGGCAAGGAUCAGGGCCAAAGUGUGCUGAUGGCGGUGAAGCAACAACAGAAAUUAUGCGAGCAGGUGACGACGUCGGCGUCUUGUCCUGUUCCAUCGACGCAAUGGCCGUCAAAAUCGUCCAAAGCAACGAAGCCGGUGGCGUCGAACACGCGAUUACGGUAUCACGUCGAAAGUUCCGACAGCUCUUCGAUGUCCACGUCUAUGCAAAGUUCUCCACACUCGCAGAUAACGCACGUCUCGCGGUCGAAAGGCACCCCCGCGAGCAAUUCGUUACCGUCAAAGGGCCAAAUCGGCCAAAUCGGCCAAAUCGGCCAAAUCGGUCAAAUCGGCCAAAUCGGCCAAAUCGACAACAGACAACACCAACAACAGCAAACCCAGCAACAACCUCAGUUCGAGGUAGAUCAGAGUUGCGUCGGCUUCAUGGAACAGACGCAAUACGCGACGAUUAACUUGCAACCAGUGGUCAGCACAGGUUUUACAACGCCAACUGCGCCGAUCGUUUCAACUAUACCGGCCCACGAGAUGUUACAUCAGCAAGGUAUCGUGAUGACUCCGGCACAGAAUCAAAUUCAAGACGAGCUUCAACGCAAGCACGAGGAACUGCAGCAGCUGAUAGUUCAUCAGCAGGAGGAACUCAGAAGAGUCUCGGAACAAUUGUUUAUCGCUAGAUACGGAAUUUUGUCGCCCCUACUCAAUGCAAGUAUCUCCCAAACAUGUUACGCGACAAGAUUAUUUAUUUCAACAUCUCCUAUCGAAAUGUCUAUAAAGUACACGUAUAUACUGUUGCAGGCUGGCAUACCAUACAAUACUACAAACACGUGCCAACAAAUAAAUCGAUGCAACACCAACAAUACAAACGCGCAGUUGUCCACGACGAGCAGCGUGCAGGGUGUAAACGUUCUCUCAUUGCCGAUUACCGUCCCGGUCCCUAUAGUGCCAACGGAAUUAUUUUCUCACCCGUUACCAGUCAGUCCAGUGCCAACGGUAUCGACCACAGCACAAGAAAACGUCGGCGUCGGUACGAUGAUUCAACCGCAGGGACCUGCGCAGCAAAAUGCUAAUCCUCCCGAUCUCGUGCCUUUCCAAAUCUGCCCCCACCAAACAGACAUCCUGUACAACGAAAUGGAACCACCCUCGAAUCAGCAACAGAGGCCUUCUCAGAACUGAACGCUUUUCACUUUGCAUUCCGUCACACUUUCAACUAAUGAUCCUUUGGUUUCGUAUGUGGCUUUGUUCAGAAACAAACGAAACAAAGGAUUUAAUAUUUUUAUACGCGAGUUGUACAAAAGGAGUAUUCCGUCUGGAAAGUAGGAUGUUACCAUAGCUAGUAACACAAAUUGGACGAAUAACGGAGAAUUUAUAGACUUUUAAUUAUCGACGUCAAUUGGCGAUUGACGAUGUGGCAGGGAUGUUCCGUCGAUAAUUAUCGUUAAAAAAUACUCGUCGAAUUUGUGUUAAAAGUGACAGUUUGAAAUUGCUUCGAACUGCUUCCAUUAGAUAUUUAUUUAUCAUAAUAUUUUUAUUCUUCUCGUGUAACUGAUUCCUCGAAACGUCGAUGUUAUUAAAACCAGCCCUUACGAACGGUCAUUGCGUGUUCCCCAUACAUAUAUGUAUAAUAUACGUGUAAAGUGUAUAAAAUUUAUCCAGACAAAGACAGCACGCGCGAAACUGCUGUUGGAACUGGAUGAAAAGUUUUAUGGAUUACGUAGAGCAGCGUUCCCCAAAUUUUCCUAGUCGGCAAUUUUAGUCUCACAGUCGUCUCGUUAUAAUUCUGAAUAUCGGAACAACGAAGAAGCGAAAGUUUGGGAAAGGUUGCCGCAGAGGAUAGUUUAAUUCAUUUACAAGAGUACAAAACGCUUCUGGAAUUAGUUGGUUGGAGCUACAGUUGGAAAUAUUGCGUUCCGGAUAGCCUAAUUAUUUUUGUUAUGACGGCAUAGCUGGAACUACUGAACGAGGACCCGUGUUUGCGGGAACAGGGUAUAUUUAGACAUAUGUAUAUGUGUAUGUACAUUACGAAAAAGGAAAGAAGUAAUAUAUUUUGUUGUAAAUGUA